AUGACAGACCGUGAAGCAGAUUCUCCACAAAGAAGAGCAAAGUUGUUGUCACCACCAAUCUCUCCAGAGGGAAAGCUUGCUGCUCAAAAGAGAAGGCUGGAUGAAACAGAAGCAAGUUCAACUCAAGCCAAAGAUAGUGAAUGGAUGGAAAUUAAACCUCAACCAGCCAAAAAGAAGCAGAUUAUGAAUUUCCUUGGUGCAUAUAAUUUACCACAAUUGAAAAAGAAUUCAACCAAGAGCAAGCCAUCCAAGAAAAGUCCACCAGCUCCAUCAUCAUCGUCAUCCUCCUCCUCCUCAUCAACACCUUCUGAUAAAUCUGAAGAAUCUAAAAAGGAAGAAGAGCUAAACAUUGAAGAGGCUUCUGUCGAUGGGUCUCAAAAGGCUUCAAAGAACUCAACAGAAAAUGUGGCUAGUCGUGAAUACGAUACCAGAUCAAAAAAGAAAACAUCACCUUCCACAUCUACACCCUCCUCAUUAUCAUCAUCAGCAUCCACUUCAGAAGCUAAUACAGAUGAAGUCACAGAUUUGAAAGAGAAGCUAGUUGAAGCAAAAAACAACGGGGAAAAGGGAGAGUUUUUGAGAUUGAGUACAGUCAGUUUGAUUCAUGACCUUCCACUUGAAGAUAUUCCAAAUUUUGAACCAAAGAUCGAACUGAAUGAUGAAGAAUUUUUGAAAAUAAUUAAAAAACUAGGAUUGACUUAUAAGCUGGAGGAUGGUGAAACAAAGGAAACAACAAUAAAGAAUGUUCUCAAACUAACUGAUCAACAGUUUAUUGAGACAAACAAACGUUUCUUCGCUGAAAAGGCCAGAAGAACAUAUAACGAGCAAACAUUCAAGAAGACAGAUGCACAAAGAGCUUGUAAGAUUGAUGUGAACAAAACUUCUAAGCUUUAUGAAAUUUAUCAAGCUUGUGAUGCUCUUGAUGAUGAUUUAUUCAGAUACUGA